AUGAGUUACGGUAACCAAGGUGGCUACGGCCAGUACAACCCCUAUGGCGACCAGGGCGGCCACCAGAACCCCUACAGCCAGGUCCCCGAUGCCGAUGUGGAGCAGGGCAACGGCAGCUAUGAGAUGUCCUCGUACGACCAGCCCCAGCAGCCCGCCGACGCGACCACCCUAUUGAACAAGUGCCGCGAGAUCAACGACGGUAUUGCGGAUGUCCGCGCCAAGCGCGAGGGUCAGCUUGCGGCCGCCCAGAAUGCCUUGCUGGACUCGAGCACCGGGAAGGAGGACCAGGUCACCCGCCAGAACCUGGACUACAUCGAGGAUGAGGUCAACAACGGCUUCCGGUACCUUCGCGACCUUCUGAAGAAGGUCCGCCAGACCCCCGGCUCCGGAGACAACCGCGUGCAGACCCAGAUCGACGUCACCAGCCGCAACCUCCGUCGCGAAAUCGAGCAGUACCAGCGCAGCCAGUCCGAGUUCCAGAAGCGCCUGCGCGAGCAGGUCCGCAGACGUUACGAGAUCGCCAACCCCGAUGCCACCCCCGAGGAAUUGGAGCAGGGCGUGGACAGUGUCCUGUUGGGACAGGAGCAGAGCUUCCAGGUCACCGGUAGCCGCACCAGGCAGGCCAACGACGCCAGACAGGCCGCUAUGGAGCGAUCGGCCGCGAUUCGCAAGAUCGAGCAGGAUAUGAUGGAGCUGGGCCGACUGUACCAGGAGGUGGCCGAGCUUGUCCACCAGCAAGAGCCCCAGGUGGAGCAGAUCAACCAGGACGCCGACAACGUCGCCACGAACGUGACGAACGCGAACACCCAGAUCACGGAAGCGAUCGCCAGCGCUCGCCGGGCCAGAAAGUGGAAGUGGUACGCCCUGCUGGUCGUUAUUCUUAUCAUCGCCAUCGUUGUUGGUGUUGCCGUCGGUGUGACCGAGGCGAACAAGAAGUCAUAA